GACACGUCAUAUUUGCAAAUUGUCAACAACGUCAAAAUUGUAAAUUCUACCAAUUUGUGUUUGUAAAAGUGUAAUUGCAAAUUUUUAAAGAAACAUGACUUCAAUAGCGUCAGUAAUUCCAAAACUAUAUCAAGAGUACUCUACCAAAACUCCAAAGAAGCUGAAAAUUAUAGAUGCUUAUCUAUUAUACGUUUUCUUGACCGGUGUCAUACAAUUCGUUUACUGUUGUCUCGUCGGCACUUUUCCCUUUAACUCCUUUUUAAGUGGCUUUAUAUCUUGUGUAAGCUCUUUUGUUCUUGGUGUGUGUUUACGGUUGCAAGUAAAUCCUGAAAAUAAGAGCGAAUUUUCCGGACUGAGCGCAGAGCGAGGCUUCGCUGAUUUCAUAUUUGCCCAUCUUGUUCUACAUAUAGUUGUGAUGAACUUCAUUGGCUAAAUAAUAUCAUUUAAUUUUAAGGAUGUAUGUUUAAUGAAUUUCAAUAUUAAUGAGCAUUGAAAUAAAUAUGCAUGUAAUAUAUUGCAAUAAAUGAAGUACUGAUUUCACA